AUGUUCGUAUGUUACUUUAAACAUGUUUACGGUUUUUUAAAAUAAUUUUGUCGCCGUUAAAACCAUUGUUUAUCAGUGUACAAUGUUACUGUGUAAGCUUUGUUGAUUACUAUUUGAUCAGUGAAGUGAUUGUUUCAUAUCUAAUGUCACAUCGUGACUUCCAGUAGAUUUCAAAACUGUCAACGUCAACCGUAGCCGAUUAAACGCUUAGGUUCAGGUGCAUUACAAGUAUGUUGGUUUAGUUUGGUGGGGAAAUAAUAUUUACCGCGGCCGUGUCAGUCUCAGUUCUCGUGAUUUCACUCUAAAUUUAUGCAAAUUCCGUCGGAGGACAGGGUAUAAAGGCUGGGUCCAGAAUUCCACUUUCAGAGUCUACUGACUUAACCACUACUACUAAUACAACACAGCGUUCCUCUUCCAUUUGCCCUCAGGGACCGUCGAAUUGAAACGGUCCAUUAACUCUACGAGGUUGGCUAACCUUCGAUUACUGCGUCGGUUGAUUUCCUGUAACCUCGACGAGAACGGCUAGUACUAGUCGUUCUGAAGUGCAUCGUACUCGUUCCUCUAAUCGCUUUGAUUGCCCACACGCACAUCGUUUUUUCUGUUUUAACCGAAUGAGAGAGUAAAUCUACUGUUCAGUCGGCUCCACACCGAGAAAGUCACAAAAUUUGCAUAUCUGGUCUAAAGGAGUCGCUUCACAACUACUCCACCUUCAACAACAUUCACAACUUCAGCAACUUCAACAACCUUCACAUCCACAACAAGAUGGUCUUCCCAUUGACUAAAGUCUUCGAACGCCGCUUGGAGCACAACCUUCACCGUCACCGUCUCGACGCUUCUUUGGUUGCAAGUAAGUCUCUAGUAAAUAUCUUUUGACAAACGUUUUACAGAAUUCGAAAAGCUGACCUUAACCAUGACACCAUUUUCAGAGAGACCCCAACCGUGCUGCAAGCCCACCAUCUUCAAACAGGCAUCUGAAUCCAGCCAAAUGCCGGUGAAGACCGCUGACCAAGAACUCAUGGACAGAUUCAUCGAGCAAGUCACCGUCCAGCCGGCUCCAGUCAUCGUGGAGCCAGAAAUCGUGAAGCCCGAGAUUCUGAAGCCGGCCUUCAACCAGGGCCAGAAGGCCUUGAACAAGGAUCUGGACAAGGACUACUUCCAGCCCCAACACCUUCAUCGUGUCGGAUCCGUGGAGUCGAACGUCUACACCGAGUCCGAAUCCGACUGUUCCAUCUGA